AACUGCAUGGUCCCAGGCUAUGGUCUGAAGGCACAUGAGACCACCAACUUCCUGAAGCUAAGCAGGUCUGGGUCUGGUCCGUGCCUGCAUGGGAGACCGCCUGGGAACCACAUGUAUUCCACCUUGAAUUUCUACGAUGAAAGAAAGGUUUAUCAUCCAAGAUUCACAGCCAGCCAGAAACACAUUCCAAUCAGCCAUGGGUAUGGAGGAUUUCUUCAGGACAAUCUACCCAUCCCAAAGGAAGUCAAUCGCAAAAAGAAGGAGAAAUCUGAAGCUCCGUUCCUGACACCAGCAAAUGGCUAUGAACACCAUUUCACCAAAAUCAAUUACCUCUCCUCUUUUUAAUCAUAACUCCUCAUUUGUAUUAAAUAUGAUGUAUGGGUGUUGAUAAGGUCAUCAUGGUGUCAUAUAUUGGAAAUUGUUUCUGUGUAAAUCAUAAGAAGAAAAUUAUGGGACUCUGAGCCUUGCUUUAGAGAAUUACAGUGGGGAAAAAUAUGUACCAUAAAACCAGUUUUUAACCAUUCUGACUCAAGUAAAAGCUCUCAGAAUUUCACACUGUGAAACCAAGUUUACAAACCGUACAGGUGGGCCUUCAGGCCUGGUUCUACCACAGCAAUGUCUUCCACUACUCAAACUCAACUGACCACAUGCAACUGGUAACUUGCUGCCUCUCCAUUUCCAUGAUUCCGAACUGCUUCUUGCAGAGGCUGAGAGUCCCCCUUUUAUUUCAUUUUAGAUGUAACAAGCCUAGUAGUUUAUUUUCAUUGAUUGUCUGUAUAUCUCUAUAUUUUACCCAUGUACUCUUUUGAUGUAUAGAAGUAGUAUGAAACUCAUGGUUUCCUUGUGGUAAGUGACUGAGAUGCUGCCACGGGAUUUGAGACACUGAUGAAUGGUGCUAUUUUGGACUUUAAACGUGCUCCUUGGCAAGGUAGCUCUGAUGGAGUUAUUUUUAAUUUCCAUGUUCUAAGAAGGUGUUGGUACUUUGUUCUCGUUCUUUAGACUGGACUGACUUGUUUCCUUGUGUCUUCAGUGUGGCUUUCUUAUUCAAUGUUGUAGGGUGAGUAAUUACUAAUACAGCAUGUGAGGAAUUGAUUCCCACCUGGGUGUGCUCACAAACUUGAAAUGGUAAGUGGGAGCAAUCACAAAACUGUAAUUUACUACGAAUUUCCUUUCUGCAUUUAUCAUUUGGAUAAAGAGUAGCAAUAAUUUUCUUACAGUCUUUAGGGAUUUUCUGAAUGUUCUUGUCUUUUCUUUUUUUUUAUUAUUCAUUAGGAAAGCAUAUUUUUAAUUAAAAGGGGGGUUAGCAUGUUUUAAAUGUCCUCUUAAACUCAAUAAAAUUGGCCAUAUUUUGUUAAAAGAACAUUAUUAAUAGGUUCUUUAAAUGUGUUAAAUUACAGACUCUUAAAAAGCAAUGAAUAUAAUUCCACAGCAUUUCCAACAUGUGGAUUUUACAUUUUUGUUCUUGCUCCCAGGAAAUUAUGAAUCAAAAUACAAUACAAAACAGUACCACCUACUCAUGGAAUGUUGUUGUGUUAGACACAGUCUGGAAGCCCACCUUAAUUUUUUUAUAUAACUCUGUCUUUCAGCUCUUCCUUUGACUGGGCAGGCUUUGACCUGAACUGUUUAGCUUCUGACUGUUAAAUACCAAUGCAUGUACUGCACUUAGUGUGUUUUUUGUUGUUGUUCCCUGUCUCCUUCUCCUCCUUCUCCUUUUCUCUUAUUCUUGUGCAAUUUCUUUCUUGUAGAUUAGAUAAAUCAGUUGCGCUGUAUAUACAUAUAGCAAGAAACAGUAUCCAGCAGUUGUGGCAUUUAUGUAUAGUUGCAGUUGUGUACUGCUGAAAAUGCAGGCUUUUGUAACAGUGUGAUCUUUAAUAAUGCACUACAAGUACCCAAUGUAUUUUAGCUCUUUUAGUAGGAUUUGUUCAAUAAAUAUGCAAUCUCUAAGAGUAA